UUUUGUGAUUCCAUUGCUAAAUCCUUAAUUUAGGGAAAUUGUCGCAAUCUCCUGCAUUACUCUCUCUCUCUAUCUCUGGAAAAGUUCCGGGGCUGGAGAUUGUGGCUUAUGUUUCGUGUUUAAGAUAAAUAAUAAUAAUAAUAAUGUCUAGUGGUGGAAACACUCAUUGGUGCCACCAAUGCAGACAGCCUGUACGACCUCGAGGCCGUAACUUGGUCUGCCCGUACUGUGAUGGUGGCUUUAUACAAGAGCUGGCCGAAGUUAUGGGCACUCACUCCGGUGAUGGUUCUGGACUCGGGUUUAUGCAAGAUCCAAGAUUUGGUAUUAUGGAUGCGUUUGCUGCCCUAAUGAGGCGCAGGAUGAUAGGAAGGGACCCGAACUUUGAUGUGAGAGGACGAACAAGUGUGGGCGUUGGCCCCAGGCCUCCUGGCCAAUUAUUGAUAUACCAUGGCCAAACUCCAGUUGCUGUCGAUCCAUUUGAUUUCUUUUUUAGUGAUGGACAUGGAGUGGGGCAAAGACGAGCUGAUUCUGGUGAGAUCUUUAUGGGGCAACGACGGGCUGAUUCUGGUGAUUUCUUUAUGGGGCAUGGGUUACAGGAACUGAUAGAGCAGCUGAGUGUGAAUGACAGGCGGGGUCCUCCUCCAGCACCGCGUUCCGCGAUUGAUGCUAUGCCAACCAUCAAGAUUUUGCAAAGGCAUCUCAAUACAGAUGCUCACUGCCCAGUUUGUCAAGAUAAGUUUGAAUUGGGGACAAGAGCUAGACAGAUGCCAUGUGAUCAUAUCUAUCAUUCAGACUGUAUUGUGCCUUGGCUAGUGGAACAUAAUUCGUGCCCUGUCUGUCGUGUUGAGCUGCCUUCACUAGACUCUGCAAAUUCUCGUUCUAACUUGAAUCAGAGAGCAGUGAAUGCAAGUGACAACAGCAGCAGAAGGGACAUCAGUAACUCUCAGAGUCAAGGGAGGUGGAAUCCAUUUACAUUUCUGUGGCCUUCAAACUCAUCGAAUCAGAACACUCAACGCCAUUCAGGAACUGAAGGAAACGGUGCAGCAGCUCCAAAUGAGGAGCAUAGCAGAACGCGCUGGCCUUUUGACUAUUGAUUUUACAUCUGCAAUGCUCCCUCUUUUUAUUCGUUUCUCAGUCGUGUUUGUUGUUGUCUGCCUCGAAAAAGUCAGUUUCUGGUUGUUAGUAAAUCCCUUUUGGAGUGAAAACGAUUUCCCUACCUGUAUGCUAAACUUACACCACAUAUGAAAAGAUCAACCCCACAUGUCCUUACAAACUUGUGCCUCCAUAUAUUUUAGUAUCUCUUGAUUUUUUUUGCGCUCGA